UUAAAAUAUAUUUUUUAGUUAAAAAAUCGUCGAAUGGAAAAAUAGAAAAGGGAGAAUUUCUGUAUUUUAUUUUCGACGCCGUGUGAUAAUUAUAUUAAAGAUGGAAUCAGAUGCUGGGAAACAGAAAAUCGAAAUGUACGAAAGACACGAGUUUUUUAAAUUCGCUAGAUCAAAAAAGAAAAAUCAAUCCAUUGAGGAUUUCAUUACUGAUUUAAGAGAAAAAGUAAAGUCUUGCAAUUUUGGCAAAGAAAAAGAAAAAAUUAUACGUGAUAUGGUAAUUCAAACCAUAGAAGAUGAAGCUCUUCUUAAACUGAUAUUCGAACAGGAACUGAAUCUCGAUAAUGUGAAACAUAUGUGUAAGGUUUUUGAAAAAGCGACAAAAAAAGAGGAUUUUGCCGAAAAAAUAAUUUCAAAUGAAGCUGAAUUUGGAAAAAUGCGAAGAAAUGCAGCGUCUUUUAAUAAACCUUGUUGGAAAUGUAAGGGAAAACACGAUCUGGGAAAGUGUCCAGGAAUAAAGUGCAAUUAUUGCAAAGAAACGGGCCAUUAUAUUAAGAACUGUCCGAAAACUGCUAAAAAGGGAAAUAAUUACUCUCGUUCAUUUAAAGAUGAGGCCGAUUUUAAGCCUUGUGAGGAAAAAAACAACUUUUGUUCAUCUUCAGGCAUUGCAAAUAAUAAGGUCUAUACGAACCAAGAAACUUUCCACUCUAACCAUCUUAUGAAAAAUUACGAGAUUUACAAAUCAGGAAAGCUAAAGACAAAUCCAAAUCAAUUUUCAUCUCGCAUGAAUAUUGAGAAGCAAACGUCAAGUAUUGCGAAUUUUUCUUCAAAUGACACUUUUUUGCCAAUUAGAACUGGAACCAUUCAGCCUUCUGCACCUCCUGCAGCCUUGAUGGAUUUCAGUAUUGAAGAAGAUUUCAAAAUAAAAAUAGAUUUUGAAAAAAAGAGAAAUAAAUCGGCAGAAAUACAAAAGCAGGAAGAAGAAAAGUCCUGUGGAAUUAAUGAUCAAGUUCCUGAAGAUCCUUCUGCAAUAUUUUACGUCCCAUUGUACCCGAAAUUGCCGUCAACUGAUUUAAACAAAUUGUUAAUAACAAAAGAUUCUCAAAAUAAUUCGCAAUCAGAUGCACGAGGUGGAAUUUUUAAUGCUGGUCACAAAAAUGAGAAAAAAAAGUCAGUAAAGAAAAAGAGAAUGUCUAAUUCAGAGUGUGUAGUAGGCUGAAAUUAUUAUGACUCGCUGACAAAUU